AAGAGGAGCACACAGAGUAAUCCUCCAGUGUGCUGUCCUAAACCUUUCUUCUAAAAGUGUAAUUGCCGCAAAAAAUCGUGCAAAAAUCCACCACUUCUCAUUUUUUGUCCGCAGUCCCAGAUGGAGAUGCUGAAGCCCGGGGAUCAAAGCGGCUCUGCUUUUCUCAAAGUUGACCCGACCUACCUCCAGCACUGGCAGCAGCUUUUUCCGCAGACUCAGCUCAAGAGCUGCGCAAUCCCUCAAAUCCCGCCCGAUCGAGGUCCUGUAGCCGCGGAAAGUCUCCGCCAGAGACCGGCUUUAAUCUCCUCUACCUCCGCGUCUGUCGCGUUAACCCCGGCGUCCUCCAGCUCCUGCGCUCCAGCGGUAUCAGCUCUGUCUGGGUUAACUCAGCUCUCAGCACCACAGCUAGCACUAUUCUCUCACACACUGUGUACUGAUAUACCCCCCACCGAAACACCGACCCCAGUCCAGAACAAGGAACUUUCCCUACAGCCCAGCUUUAUUGAAAAAGCGUCCCAAUUAAAGCUGACCUCAGAGGAACUGGACUAUUAUCUGUACGGCCAGCAGAGGAUGGAGAUUAUCCCGUUAAACAACCACGCCAACGAGCUCAAUAACCGCUGUGACAUGUGUGCAGAUAACCGAAACGGCGAGUGCCCCAUGCAUGGGCCCUUGCACUCACUGCGUCGCCUGGUAGGAACAAGCAGCACCUCCUCUACUGUGCCACCUCCAGAGGUGCCUGAGUGGCUGCGGGACCUACCUCGAGAAGUCUGCCUCUGCACCAGCACCGUUCCUGGGCUGGGAUAUGGCAUUUGUGCUGCCCAGAGAAUCCCACAGGGGACAUGGAUCGGACCCUUUCAGGGUGUCCCUCUGCUGCUGGAUAAGCUGCACAUUGGAGCCGUGCGCAACACAAGACACCUUUGGGAGAUCUAUGACCAGGAGGGCACGUUACAGCACUUUAUUGAUGGCAACGACCCAAGCAAGUCUAGCUGGAUGAGGUACAUCCGCUGUGCCAGACACUGUGGGGAACAGAACAUGACAGUGGUUCAGUACAGAUCGUGUAUUUUCUACCGGGCUUGUAUAGACAUUCCUCGAGGAACAGAGCUUUUGGUCUGGUACAACGACAGUUAUACCUCCUUUUUUGGCAUCCCACUGCAGUGCAUCGCACAAGAUGAAAACUUGAACGUGCCGCCCACUGUAAUGGAGGCCAUGUCUCGACAGGAGAGCCUGCAGCCCUUCAGCAAGACCUCGAAAUCCUCUUCCUCCGCUAUGCUGCAGCGCUCCAUGGUGUUCCCCCACUCACCCUGCUCACGAAAUUUCUCUCUGCUGGACAAGGCCGCCACUGAGUCUGGCUUUAACCAACUGAAUUCCAAAAACCAGAGGAUACUGGCUAGUCCCACAUCCACCAGCCAGCUCAACAGCGAGUUCAGUGACUGGCACCUGUGGAAAUGUGGCCAGUGCUUCAAAACCUUCACCCAGCGCAUUCUUCUCCAAAUGCAUGUGUGCACACAGAACCCUGACAGACCGUAUCAGUGUGGACACUGCUCCCAGUCUUUUUCUCAACCCUCAGAGCUGCGCAACCAUGUGGUAACACAUUCCAGCGACAGGCCCUUCAAGUGCGGCUACUGCGGCCGAGCUUUCGCCGGGGCCACCACGCUCAACAACCACAUCCGCACACACACUGGAGAGAAGCCAUUCAAGUGUGAGCGGUGCGAGAGGAGCUUCACGCAGGCCACGCAGCUCAGCAGACACCAGCGGAUGCCCAACGAGUGCAAGCCCAUCAGCGAUAGCAGCGAAUCAAUCGAGGUGGAUUAGUUGAUUGACCACACCGGAAUUAAACGGCGAGGCAAAGUCAUGAUUAAAUGUCACAGACACUUAAGCAAAACCAAAGAUUUCCUCGGAGAAACUCUCAAUCAGCCCUGGAAAACCAAAAGCAGUAAUAAAAUAAGUAAGAUGUUAAGAGGUAUUGAUCCUGACACAGAUACGGGACUGAACGUGCUGGGGUAGGGGAGGGCUGAGCUGAAAAUUGAGGGGGAGGGUAAGCUUAUUUAUUCAUGACUACAAAAGUCAUGGUUCUGUUCAGAAAAAAGAUGAAAAAGCUGGAGAGUGAGCAAACGAUACCAAAAAUAUGGUUUAUUGCUUUUAUCCUUUUCAGUAAUAUACUCUGUCUAAUAAAACCAAAGGGUAAAGGGUGCAGAAAUGAUGCCCUUUAAAUCGAUGCACAGUAUCUGUAUAAUUUAAUAAACAGGAUUUUUAAGGGAAAGCAGUUGUUUUCACAGAAAUAUCCUCUGUAUAAAUGUACAUUAUGAAUUAUAUUUCUCUCAUAUCAUGCUUUUUGGCACUUUUAAAUUGUUAUUUAAUAUUUCAUUUGGAUAACGCUCCUAAAUGUAACAGUGGAGACUAUUUAAAUAUGAGUGGGAUGAAAGGAAAAGCUCCUUAUGAAAUAAAUGCCUGUUACCAAAUAUUAAAU